AUGGGAUCCGUAUCAACCGACACGCCGGCCAUGGCCACCAACCCCAAGUUCAUCUUCUUCACCGACUUCGACGGCACCGUCACCACCGCCGACUCCAACGACUACAUGACCGACAACCUGGGCUACGGCGCUGAGAAGCGCAAGCAGGGCAACGCCGACACGCUCUACGGCCGCAUCAACUUCCGCGACUCGUUCCGCGACAUGCUCGACAGCAUCACCACGCCCUUCAACGAGUGCGUCGACAUCCUGCUGGAGAACAUCAAGCUCGACCCCGGCUUCAGGGACUUUUACAACUGGGCGCAGGACAACAACGUGCCGAUUGUGAUUCUCAGCGGCGGCAUGGAGCCUGUCAUCAGGGCGCUGCUGGAUAAGCUGCUGGGCAAGGGCUGGAAUAUCCAGAUUGUGAGCAACUUUGUGCGAGCGAGGGAAGGCAAGAGCCUCAACGACAAGGGCGGCUGGGAAAUUAUCUUCCGCGACGACAGCAUCCACGGCCAUGACAAGUCCAUUGAGAUCCGCAAGUACUCCAGCCUUCCCAACAGACCAACCAUGUUCUACGCUGGCGACGGCGUCUCAGACCUUUCUGCCGCCAAGGAGACGGAUCUGCUGUUCGCAAAGGCUGGAAAGGGUAAGAAACCUGCUGCCCUUGUUUAUUUCUUUAUCGAUGCUGACUUGAGGUUUCCCUUUGUCACAUUCAACGACUGGACAAGCAUCACUCAGACGGUCAAGGAUAUCGUUGCUGGCAAGACUACUGUUCAGGAGGAGGCCAAGGGCCGCAUUUAA